CUCGGAGGACUCUAAUAAUCAAGCUGGCGUUCUGUUUUGCAAGAUUUGCAACAUUUGUAGAUCCGUUUGUGACAAAGAAAGUAAUGUGGACAAAACGUGACAAGCGUCUCGAGUCCUUCUUCGUUAGGCCAAGUUCAAGCCAUAUGGAAAUGACGAACUAUUUCCAUUUCCAUAAAGCACAUCCUAGCCAAGUGCUACCCACGUCGACGAUGACCAGUUCACUCGGUUCAGCACCUACAGUACUUUGGAAGACUAACGGCGCACGACGCAGACGCUUCGGUUUGUUUUACUUUUAGUUAUGAUUGGUUUAUGUUCGUACUGUAGAUUUCAGAUCUUUUUUUAUUUCGUUCCCAUUGCGACUGUCUCUCAAAAAUUUAUUACCGC